UCCUGGACCUUCUCACAGGAAAGCAAAUUGUCUGGUGCGAUUACAGCUUUCAUUUGACUGUAGCAGCUGGAAGACGGAGGAAACGGCCUGUAGGGAUUGGCAGGGCUCUGCCCCUCCUCAUUGGCUGCUGGUGCUGCUGCGCAGUUCGAGCUGCACAGUUUGAACUGCGCGUUUGUGCGUAAAGUCUGACUGCAGUGGGCUGGCCCCAGUGCAUGCACUGCUCCCUUCUGUGGCCUCAGCCUUCAGCUGCAUCCUUCUGUCGCUCUUAAUUGGCUUACGCCCUGUAGCUAUGAUGAUAAACUUGUACGCGGCAAUAAUAUAUAAAAUUCAAAUUUGGCAUGCUGGAAAAACUUGCUGUCUACCUGUCACUGCGUGAGAAGUGUUUAUAUGUUUUACUAAAUAUAUGAAAUGUGUUUAGAAGGAAGGUUUACCCAGGCAUUUUAGGUUUUAAAGUGGACUGGAGUGACCGUGUCUCAUUGACUGAGUCCACAGACCUCUCAAUGCACUGUCCUUUUUCUGUGUGUGAGGGUGGCAUUCAAGUUGAAGUUUUAAUGGGUGCCAGAUAGCUUUCGUUCAUGUGACUUGUCUGACCAGUACAUUGGCUUCAGAUUACUUCGACUUGAUCGACCUUAUCCAAUGUUUCAUUCUCUUAACUUAUAAAUUUAGCAGUAUCGAUUAGUCGGUCUCUGACCACUAGUAAAUAAUUGUUGGAUAUCAUCUGUGCAUAGCUUCUCUAGCAAACCCGCGGCAGCAUGCCACACUUUUAUGAUCAAAUAGGCAAGUUUUUACAAGUUUUACUCACUAAUCCAAUCCCCCCCCCCCAAACACACACACAAAACAAGACACCACACAGAAACGCACAAAAUCGUUUUUAACAAAUGUGAAGAAUGCACAUUAAGCUCUGGCCCCUCCCCCAAAGCAUUCAGCAAAGGCGUUAAUCUACCUAUGCACAACACCUCAGCCUUUACCCAUAAUCCUCAUUUUCUCCAACAAUCCUCUUCUUCCACAUGAAAAAGGGCCAUGCCUUCCUUAGUCCCCUCAGUCAGUGUGUCAUUUUGCACCUUGUGGAGACUGGCUGGUUUGAUUCAACCUGUUGCACUUUGUGAAAAUUUAUUUAAAGAGAAAAAAGAAAACUGGUACUUGAGGUUCCCAUUUCAUGUCAUUUCUUAAAGAUUGCUCAACUUAUUUCAACUAUGGCAAUAAUCUGAGCACAUCAGGAUGCUAUCUACAGCACAGCUAUAUUGUAUGGAAUGAAUCAAUGAAGAUACAAAUCCAGUAUUUUUGUAACUGUAAAGAGCAAGUAUUGUAGUACAGAAUAAAUAAUAAGAAGGUCCUCUGUGACAUUUAUUAAUGAAGAUGGGAUACUUAUCAAAGAUGAUUAAAAAAUGUGUAAAUUUCCUUUUCUGUAACAUGGCUCACAGUUUAUAGUCUUGUAUAUAAUCCUUGCUUAUGUAAUUAAAGAAGAGGUAUUGAACUCCUUGUAAGCUUUCAGAUGAUUUAAGGAAAAUAAAAAUCUAAUGCAAAUUGAAAAAGCUUCCUGUCUCUUUCUGGUUGAGGGAUCUGUGUGAAAAAGGCAUUUAAUCCCGUGUUUGCUGGGACGAGUCUUCUGAGAGUUAACGAGCAGCAAUGUAGAAACGUUUUUUUCUUAUCCUGAAGUAUGAUCUCAAACAAACAAUUUUAUGGCUAAUUCCAGGAAAUCACUUUUUUUUUUUUUACAGCUAAUCUGCUUUGGCCUCGUUUAUAUAAUUUACACAGAUUUCAUACAAGAUCUGAUCAUAAAUUUUCUAAAUGUGACGACAAAUUAUUUAUAUAAUGUUUGUACAUGUCCUCUUGGGGCAUUCUAUCUAUAAAUCACAAAUGACCAUGAAAUUUUGCGCACCUUAAUUGCUCUGCCCUGUGAACAGCUUUAGGACAAGUUGUUCAGCAAUUACUUUACCUAGAGCCUAGGCCACCAAAGGUAAUUUUUGGGCGUCUCCAAACCAUUGGCACCUUCCGAUACUUCUUCCUGGAAAUGAAUGCUGCCGCUGGGGCCCUGGGCAAGAAGGCGGGGCCCUAGGUGCAGUGCCUGAUCUGCCUAAUGGGAGGAAUGGCUCUGCGUGUGCCUCUAUAAGUACCACAGCAAGGCCAGGGCACCUCUCCAAUCGGAGCUGAGCUUCUCCCUCCAGCAUCGGCCAUUUUAAGGCAAAGGAGGGACUGUUACCGCUGCGGUGAAGAUGGCUUUCAAUGGAACAUGGGAGGAGUAUGAAGAGGUGAACUAUGAGGAGUUCCUCAGGGCUAUAUCAAUGCCAGAGGAUGCCAUCCAGAUAGCCAAAGAUGAGAAGACCAUUACGGAUAUCCAACAGAAUGGCGAUGACUUUGUGACCACUACCAAGACCCCCACACAGACCGUCUCCAACUCCUACACCAUCGGCAAGGAGGCAGACAUGAACAUUAACGAACGUGACAAGAUGAAGUGCUCAGUCCGGAUGGAGGGAGGGAAGCUCAUCUGUCAGUCAGAAAUGUUCACUCACGUCCGGGAGAUCCAGGGAGACGAUAUGGUUGAGACAGUCACGGUAGGCUCAGCCUCUUUCUCCAGGAAGAGCAGGAAGAUCUGACAUCACGCACACAGUAGAUGGAGGGGCCUGACCGCUGGGGAGAUGGCAUUGGCUUCCUCUGAUUCCACCCUAUGCCAGCUGCAGUCUGUGAUGUGAAGAGAAGCAGCUGGAGCCAGUGUGUGUUUCUGUGAGGUUCACACAUGAAUGUAGCUGCGAUUGCAGAUAAUUGGACAUUCCAAAUUAGGGCAGAAAAUAAAGUUUUGUCAUUUGACUGACAGAAAAUAAUGACUGUGUGCUUUGUAUUUUUUUUUUUUUUUUAACCAAAAAAGCCCCACAGCAAAACUACCAGAGUUAAAAGGCAGUUACGUUGAGAUAAGUAUGUGUAAUGAGGUGUUUAAGAGCACUGUUCAAAAUAAUAAGCUAACAUUUGCGAACAGCCACCAGCCAUGAUAAAUCAGAUAUAGCAGGUCAUACGCAUAAAUUUCCACUCUCUCCUUUCAUAUUUUGCGGCCUAAAAUCAAAACAACAUAAAAUCCAUAUGCCCAAUCCAAACACGCAAAUGUUAGG